UUGUCCUGCGCUUGUAAAAAUCCCACUGCUUUGACUGAAGCGCGGGGGUGUUUCAGUGUCGGAUGUACACCGAAAGAAUUGCUCACUGCGCUCAACGCUACUAGCGUCGCAUGCGACGAACCAGUGCGCAACAGAGGGAAGUCCUUCCGAACUAUUCAUGUAGCCUUCUUCGCUCUAGCUCUCACCGCGAUCGCUAUUCGAUGGACAGUUUAUGCUGCGUAUGAUCGUAUACAUUGGAUACAAGAGGCUAAUAUGGUCGUCGUUUUGGCUCUUAACAUUGUUUUUUUCGUUAUUUGUUAUAGAAUGACAUUUACCGGGCUGGGCCAAGACUUAUGGAAAGUUUCGUUCUCAGACAUCACGUAUACUCUACGCCUCUUCUGGAUCUCCGGAUGCACUUACUUCGCCCUCAUCACAUUCGUCAAACUCCAGUUCCUCCUCUUCUAUCUACAAAUCUUCCCCGACAAGAGAUUCCGCCGAAUCGUAUUUUGCGUCAUCACAUUCAACUUAAUCUCCAUGGUUGCUUUUAUAUUCGCUUCCAUCUUCUUCUGCUCGCCGGUAAGCUUGGCGUGGACGCAGUGGGACAGAGAACAUACAGGCAAGUGUAGCAGCAACAAGAACACACUGUCCUAUGCGAAUGCUUCCAUCAGCAUUCUUCUUGAAUUGGUCGCGUUGGCUCUACCAAUACCAGAAAUCUGGAAACUGCAACUGUCUCUCAAGAAAAAAAUUGGCGUGUUGUUGAUGUUCAGCGUGGGAGUUUUCGUGACCAUCGUCUCUAUCCUCCGUCUGCGGGCUUUUACCUACUUUGCUAAUACAAGAAACGUCACCUGGGACUUUACAGAAGCUUCGCUAUGGUCCAUCAUCGAAUGGGAAGUCGGCAUUAUUUGCUCUUGCAUGCCUGCCAUGCGUCUCGGUUUAGCAGGCCUCUUCCCCAAGAUCCUCGGCAGCACCGCGCAUAGCACAUACAAGAACACGAACGGAACGAAUCUGGGACAAAGCGGGAGGGGUACACUUCAAAGAGUGGGCACGGGUGGUAUCAGCGCAAAAACAACAUUCAGGGUGAGCCAUAAGCGGAAGACACAGAGUCUCGACAAUGAGGAGGGCUUCGUGCAGUUGGUGGAGAUCGACACAGGCGUGCACAGUGCGACCACCUCGUCAAGGUCGUUGACUGGCGAGGGCCGCGAAGCACAGGACCAUUGA